AUGCCGUCCCUCCACAAUUCCGGUUUCGACCUGCCUCUUGCGAAAAGACAGAAAAGGAAAGCAGACGAGGGUCCGCAGCGAGUUGCAGAAACAGCUGGGUCCAAGAUCUUUUCCCCAUAUAGAACUCUAGGACUGGUCUCACCAACAAUAGUUCCUUUUACGUGCGUUCGGCUUGGGAAAGCUACUUUUCAGAUUACAACCUGUGUUGGCCGUUCCCUGCAAACUUAUGAUUUGAGGAAAGGACUCAACUUGGUAUUCGUCAGCAGACCUCAGACUCCGGAGAUUAUCACAGCUACUUUUGCAUGGCAGGACAAAGUCUUCGCAGCAUGGGGAGAUGUUCGUCCUGGAUCUUCCCGAGGCGUAUGGGUCUUCAAACGUGGCAAGAAGAUAGCGUCUUUAGGAGUUCCGCCAGUUGCAUUUGAACCAAUUGAUCGGCUCCUUGUUUUUUGGUUCAUGGAUUGUCGGUUGCAGCAGAAAAUGCAUACAGAGGAGAUUUAUACGAGGGAGAUGUGCACUAUGCCGACGUAUCUAAACAAAAUUUUUGUAGGAAGACAUGACGGACUGGUUGAUAUUUGGAACGUGAAGACUGGAAAGUUGAUCUACUCCAUUGUCCCGGCAUCAAUGGAAGCAGGAGGCGUGACCUCACUUGAGCCGAGCACUGUGUUAUCUCUCAUUGCUGUUGCAUACAAAAACGGAGGACUUUAUAUCUAUAACAUUGAAACAGGUCAAGUUUUUAUGUCAUUAAGAACAAAUUCUUCGAAGAUGCCACAAAUCACCUCUAUUGCAUUCAGGAGUGAUGGAAUAGGUGCUGGUGAUGAUGGCCAAAAGCCAGGAGUUAUGGCAACAACUUGCAUUGACAGUGGUGAUAUUACAAUGUGGGAUUUCAACGGCGGUAGCAGAGUCACAGGCACUCUGCGCAGCGCUCACCUAGUGUCCCAGAACGAAGCAGGAUCUGGGAUCAACCACAUAAAAUUUUUGGCCGGCCAGCCUGUCCUUGUUUCAUCUGGGAAAGACAAUGCACUAAGGACUUGGGUUUUUGACCACAGCACAUUCUCACCAAUCCCUAGGCCUCUACAUUCAAGGCGCGGUCACUCUGCUGCAAUAACUACUCUUGAUUUCCUUCCCUCACUAUCUGACGGUUCAGAAUUCCGUGGUAAAUGGUUAUUGAGCGCAAGCAAGGACCGCAGUCUCUGGGGCUUCAGUGUCCGGAAAGAUAGCCAGAAUACCGAAAUUUCGCAAGGUUCCGUGGAGCGGAAAGCGAAUAAGCGUGCUGGUGCUUCCCUUGUGACUAAUAGAGCUCAUAUCAUAGCGCAAGAGGACUUUAAAGCUUCGGAGGUUACCUGCAUCGCGUGCUCGUUAAAUCGCGACGGAGGGAUCGGUGUUACGACCUCAGGAUCAGUCUGGGCAAAUCCAAAAUCUAAAAACACAGAAGCUUCGAAUCGAACGGGCUGGGAAAGUAUAGUAACUGGUCAUCGGGGAGAUAGAUAUGCCCGAACUUGGUUUUGGGGUAAAAAGAAGGCAGGGCGUUGGAUAUUCGAGACAAGUGAUGGGACAGAUGUGAAGAGUGUUGCGAUUACUCAGUGUGGAACUUUUGCUUUGGUCGGGUCAGCUGGAGGUAGCAUUGAUAUGUUCAAUAUGCAAUCCGGAGCAUAUCGACAGAGCUUCCCUACUGCUGAAAUAAAAGGAAAUAAUUCUGUCAGGCCGGGCGCAUUGGUCGCUUUGAAGGAUUGUUCGAAGCAUACCAAAUCAGUCACCGGUUUAUGGGUAGAUGGCCUUAACCAGACCGUUAUAAGCUGUAGUCUUGAUGGAAAAGUUAAGUUCUGGGACUUCCGGUCUGGGGUACUUCUUAAUGAGCUCAACUGGCAUCCGUUGACAUCCAUUACUGGGCUCCGGUACAGUAGUGCCAGUGACUUGGCUGCCUUCAGCUGCGACGACCUUUCGAUCCGCGUCGUAGAUAUCCAAAUGAAAAAGGUCGUGCACAUGGCCAUCCCGACUGCUUCCGGUGAACAUGGAACCGAGCCCAUCGAAGCUGUAUUCCGUGCAGAACACGAGCGAGCAGAAUCAGCCGGCCCUAUAUUAUGCACAGAACAACUCAGCCAGGAGAUGAUGACCCUCAGUGUCGUCCCCAGGAACAAGUGGCAAGCGUUAAUUAAUUUGGAUCUAAUUAAGGAACGCAAUAAGCCCAAUACUCCUCCCAAAGCUUCUCAAAAAGCGCCUUUUUUUCUUCCAACAAUUAGUGCAACAAGCGAUUCCAAAGCAGACGUUGAUCUCGAAUUAUUAGUCGAUAUUACGGCUGCUGAACGCUCGCAAAUUGCCAAAAUGCAGCAAUCCAAACGCGCAGAUAUUGCGAACUCUCGAUUCACAGCUCUCUUGCAAAAUGGCCACGCGUCUGGGGACUUCGAACCAUUUGUGGAUUAUUUAAAGUCUUUGUCCCCAGCAAAGGCAGACCUCGAGAUCAGAUCGCUUGAUCCGAUGAUAUCAAACGGCCGCUCGGAACUAUCGGAUUUUAUUCAUGCACUGUCUAGUCGUCUUCACCAACGAAAAGACUUCGAGCUCGUCAACGCUUGGAUGGCGGUAGUAUUGAAAGUGCAUGCAGACAUUAUUGCAAAAUGCUCGAUCUCAUGUGAUCUAGGUAAGAAAAAUGUAUUAAAAGAAUCUCUUCUUGCAUGGAGCAACAUGCAACAACGAGAGGCACAACGUUUAGCUCAAUUGGUUGGUUAUUGCCGAGGUGUUGUGGGAUUUCUGCGAUCAUCUCGUUAA